UCAAGUGAUUCUCCCACCUCAGCCUCCCAAAGAGCUGGGAUUACAGGUGUGAGCCACCGUGCCUGGCUGUUAUUUUAUCAAUUCCUCAAAAUUCAAGCAUGCCCUCAAAUGUUUUUGCAGCCUCAUAUAGCUCUUAAUUUGGUUUAUAUUCAUCCAGAUGGUAGGAUAUGAUUCAUGUUCCACCUGGUUUCGUUCAGAAAUACUUGGGCAGUGUCUAUGGAAAAAAACAUUGAACCAGAUUUAGCUUUUAGGUAAAUAAUAUAAUCACCUGGGAAUAAUAUGAAGAAUUAAAUGAAAGAAAGAAAAAUAUAAUCAAGUGUAACUUAGACUCUGAAUGCUGGUAAAUAAGAUUUGGAUGAAGGAAGGAUCUCAGGGGAAUAACGUUAAAAUAAGAUUUAUUUUUUUAAUGGAAAUACAUGAUUUUAAGAAGAAAUAACUUAAGACAUUCCAACUUUAUACUACAUUAAAGUAAAAAGAGCAAGGAUCAGUUUUCUCUUUAGAGCAAGGCUCAGUUUCGCUUUCUGUUGAGAGUUAGUAGUGUGUAUAAUUAAUUUUUUUAACAGUUUAUUGAUGAAAUUUAUUUUUAGAAGGAAAUCUCCCACCACCUUCCUGUCAUUCUCAGGGCAAGGUAGAGGGUAGGAGAGGGAAGGGAGACUUGGGGGAAUGGGAGGUACAAGCCUUAAUUAGACAUUUGAGUGUCUAAAAGAUUAUUUUUCAUUUCAAAUACUUUGUCUCAGUUUACUGAAUAGCUUUAAUUUCAGACAGGGAUUGUAUUAUCUUUGCUUUAUCUUUUCCGAUAUUUUGGAUCAUCUAAGCAUGAUAAAUGCUGGUUUAUUCAAGGCACUAAAAUUGACUUGCAAAAGACAUAUUUAAUAUGGAUUCUGUGUUCAAGUCCUUUCUUCUUUGUUUAUCCUGGUACGAAGAUGUUUGUUUUAAAGUGGUAUGAGUUAAUUGUCCAAUUUCAGAUUUCCCUAAAAUGUGUAACAGAUUACCCAGUUGGCAAAUGAUGAUAUAUAUUUUUUAAACAUGAAUAUUUCUGUUAGGCCAGAUGGUGAUUUAACAUGAAUUGUCCAACAUUUGUGUUUCUUAUCAAAUUGUCUUCUUUUGUCUAAGCCAAGCUAGCAACAUAAUUUGGAACACACUCAGGAAUCACUAAAGGACAAGAGCAAAAAAAAUUCAGACACCAAGUGGCAGACGGCAUUUGCUCCAUAUGCCAUGCAAAGGCUCCCGGCCAGUGCUCGCAUGGCCCUUGGGAAGCUUUCUCAUCCGUUGACAUGGAUUUGAUUGACAUACUUUGGAGGCAAGAUAUAGAUCUUGGAGUAAGUCGAGAAGUAUUUGACUUCAGUCAGCGACGGAAAGAGUAUGAGCUGGAAAAACAGAAAAAACUUGAAAAGGAAAGACAAGAACAACUCCAAAAGGAGCAAGAGAAAGCCUUUUUCGCUCAGUUACAACUAGAUGAAGAGACAGGUGAAUUUCUCCCAAUUCAGCCAGCCCAACAUAUCCAGUCAGAAACCAGUGGAUCUGCCAACUACUCCCAGGUUGCCCACAUUCCCAAAUCAGAUGCUUUGUACUUUGAUGACUGCAUGCAGCUUUUGGCGCAGACAUUCCCGUUUGUAGAUGACAAUGAGGUUUCUUCAGCUACGUUUCAGUCACUUGUUCCUGAUAUUCCCGGUCACAUCGAGAGCCCAGUCUUCAUUGCUACUAAUCAGGCUCAGUCACCUGAAACUUCCGUUGCUCAGGUAGCCCCUGCUGAUUUAGACGGUAUGCAACAGGACAUUGAGCAAGUUUGGGAGGAGUUAUUAUCCAUUCCUGAGUUACAGUGUCUUAAUAUUGAAAAUGACAAGCUGGUUGAGACUACCAUGGUCCCAAGUCCAGAAGCCAAACUGACAGAAGUUGACAAUUAUCAUUUUUACUCAUCUAUACCCUCAAUGGAAAAAGAAGUAGGUAACUGUAGUCCACAUUUUCUUAAUGCUUUUGAGGAUUCCUUCAGCAGCAUCCUCUCCACAGAAGACCCCAACCAGUUGACAGUGAACUCAUUAAAUUCAGAUGCCACAGUCAACACAGAUUUUGGUGAUGAAUUUUAUUCUGCUUUCAUAGCUGAGCCCAGUAUCAGCAACAACAUGCCCUCACCUGCUACUUUAAGCCAUUCACUCUCUGAACUUCUAAAUGGGCCCAUUGAUGUUUCUGAUCUAUCACUUUGCAAAGCUUUCAACCAAAACCACCCUGAAAGCACAGCAGAAUUCAAUGAUUCUGACUCCGGCAUUUCACUAAACACAAGUCCCAGUGUGGCAUCACCAGAACACUCAGUGGAAUCUUCCAGUUAUGGAGACACACUACUUGGCCUCAGUGAUUCUGAAGUCGAAGAGCUAGAUAGUGCCCCUGGAAGUGUCAAAGAGAAUGGUCCUAAAACACAACCAGUACAUUCUUCUGGGGAUAUGGUACAACCCCUGUCACCAUCUCAGGGGCAGAGCACUCGCGUGCAUGAUGCCCAAUGUGAGAACACACCAGAGAAAGAAUUGCCUGUAAGUCCUGGUCAUCGAAAAACCCCAUUCACAAAAGACAAACAUUCAAGCCGCUUGGAGGCUCAUCUCACAAGAGAUGAACUUAGGGCAAAAGCUCUCCAUAUCCCAUUCCCUGUAGAAAAAAUCAUUAACCUCCCUGUUGUUGACUUCAACGAAAUGAUGUCCAAAGAGCAGUUCAAUGAAGCUCAACUUGCAUUAAUUCGAGAUAUACGUAGGAGGGGUAAGAAUAAAGUAGCUGCUCAGAAUUGCAGAAAAAGAAAACUGGAAAAUAUAGUAGAACUAGAGCAAGAUUUAGAUCAUUUGAAAGAUGAAAAAGAAAAAUUGCUCAAAGAAAAAGGAGAAAAUGACAAAAGCCUUCACCUACUGAAAAAACAACUCAGCACCUUGUAUCUCGAAGUUUUCAGCAUGCUACGUGAUGAAGAUGGGAAACCUUAUUCCCCUAAUGAAUACUCCCUGCAGCAAACAAGAGAUGGCAAUGUUUUCCUUGUUCCCAAAAGUAAGAAGCCAGAUGUUAAGAAAAACUAGAUUUAGGAGGAUUUGACCUUUUCUGAGCUAGUUUUUUUGUACUAUUAUACUAAAAACUCCUACUGUGAUGUGAAAUGCUCAUACUUUAUAAGUAAUUCUAUGCAAAAUUAUAGCCAAAAGUAGUAUAGAAAAUAAUACGAAACUUUAAAAAGCAUUGGAGUGUCAGUAUGUUGAAUCAGUAGUUUCACUUUAACUGUAAACAAUUUCUUAGGACACCAUUUGGGCUAGCUUCUGUGUAAGUGUAAAUACUACAAAAACUUAUUUAUACUGUUCUUAUGUCACUUGUUAUAUUCAUAGAUUUAUAUGAUGAUAUGACAUCUGGCUAAAAACAAAUUAUUGCAAAACUAACCACUAUGUACUUUUUUAUAAAUACCGUAUGGACAAAAAAUGGCAUUUUUUAUAUUAAAUUGUUUAGCUCUGGCAAAAAAAAAAAUUUAAGAGCUGGUACUAAUAAAGGAUUAUUAUGACUGUUAAAUUA